UUUUCCUCUCCUCUGAAGUCCCUUUCUGGCGAGAGCGUCUGCAGAUUCUCUGGAAUUCGCACUUCCCAAAACUUAAAAAAAAGAAAAGGGAAAAAGGGAAAAGAGAGAGGGAAAAAAUCCCACAAAAUCGAGCUGCUUCUUUGUUUCUAUACCUGGAAACUGGAGCGAAAAAGAAACAUUAUAUAACCGACCUUACAGGAUGAAAAUGGCCAGCCUUCUAAGCUGCGGCUGUGCUCACUUCUGACCCAUUUUGAUCACAAAACUCACUCUCACCCGAUCUAUUUAUAUUGCUGCAUCUUUGUGAGAAAAGUAGCACCUCAGCUUAAUGGCUCAAGAUCAUUCUGGUUCUGAAUCUCAUCAGAAGCGGGCUGGUCUAUUGAAAGACCAAGUGAGAUUGGUUAAGAGAAAGGAUUCUGAUCGUUUUGAAAUUGUUUCAAUCCAAGAUCCCUUGUCAUUUGAGAAAGGAUUCUUCGUAGUUAUUCGAGCUUGCCAGCUAUUAGCUCAGAAGAAUGAAGGAAUAAUAUUGGUGGGUUUAGCUGGUCCUUCUGGGGCUGGAAAAACAGUUUUUACAGAAAAGAUUAUGAACUUUAUGCCCAGUAUUGCUAUCAUAUCAAUGGACGAUUAUAAUGAUGCAAGUCGAAUUGUUGAUGGCAACUUUGAUGAUCCACGCUUGACAGACUAUGACACGUUGCUCCAGAAUGUCCAAGAUUUGAAGGCAGGGAAGCAAGUACAGGUCCCUAUUUAUGAUUUCAAAUCUAGUUCCAGAACUGGAUACAGGACAGUUGAGGCUCCAAGCUCAAAGAUUGUGAUCAUCGAGGGCAUUUAUGCUUUAAGUGAAAGGUUGCGGCCCCUGUUGGACCUUCGAGUAUCUGUUAGAGGUGGAGUGCACUUUGACCUUGUGAAACGGGUGUUACGUGACAUCCAACGUGCUGGCCAAGAACCAGAAGAAAUAAUUCAUCAAAUUUCUGAAACAGUUUGUUCUCUCCUGCUAAGCAUUUUAUUAUGUUAUCUCCAGAGUUAUCAUGUAAAUCUCUUUUUCCUGCAGGUUUAUCCAAUGUACAAGGCUUUUAUUGAACCAGAUCUUGAAACUGCGCAUAUAAAGAUCAUAAACAAAUUUAAUCCCUUUACUGGAUUUCAAAGUCCCACUUACAUAUUGAAGUCAGCAAGAAAGAUAACUGUGGAUCAAAUUAAGGCUGUGGUAUCUGAAGAUCAUACAGAACAUAAGGAGCAAACUUAUGACAUAUAUCUGUUGCCACCAGGUGAAGAUCCGGAGUCUUGUCAAUCAUAUCUAAGGAUGCGCAAUAAAGAAGGAAAAUACAGUCUCAUGUUUGAGGAAUGGGUUACAGAUAAUCCAUUUAUCAUAUCUCCAAGAAUAACUUUUGAGGUCAGUGUGCGCCUUCUAGGUGGGUUGAUGGCCUUAGGAUACACAAUAGCAACAAUUCUUAAAAGAAGCAGCCAUGUAUUCUCAGAUCACAGAGUGUGUGUGAAAAUUGAUUGGCUGGAACAAUUAAACCGCCAGAACGUUCAGGUACAAGGAAAAGAUCGCCUAGUUGUAAAAUUUGUGGCCGAGCAGCUGGGCUUAGAUGGUUCUUACAUUCCUCGUACCUAUAUUGAACAGAUUCAACUGGAAAAGCUUGUAAAUGAGGUCAUGGCCUUGCCAGAUGAUUUAAGGACGAAACUAAGUCUUGACGAGGAUUUAGUUUCAAGCCCCAAAGAAGCACUCUCAAGAGCCUCUGCUGAUAGAGUUACCUUGAGAAAUAGGAAUCUCAAAAGUGGCAUAUCUCAGUCAUAUACAACUCAAAGGGAGAAAAAGAUGACAGGAUAUGCUUCCAACAACCAAAGAUUUAUCGACAGAAACACAGAAUCCCCAGCAAUGCUUGCAAACCAGGGAGUCAUUACUCAGCUUUCUGAACAAAUUUCAUCACUAAAUGAUCGGAUGGAUGAGUUUACAGCUCGAAUUGAGGAGUUGAAUUCAAAGUUGAGCAUCAAGAGGAGUUCCCCCAGUCAACAGAACAUGAAUCUCCAAACGGACACAUGUAACGGCUCUGUGCCAACUUCUUAUUUCAUUUCUGGAUUGGGUAAUGGUUCCUUGACCGGAUCCAUCAUACCUAAUUCUUCAUCUUUCUCCCAGUUAGCGAAGGAAUCUCCUUUAAUGGAUGAGAUAUCAGGAAUCGUGAGGGGGCAGCGACAAGUCAUGCACCAAUUGGAUUGCCUUAGCAAUCUUCUCCGGGAGCGCGAAAGCGUGGGGGAGAGGCCCCGUCAAGUAAGAUCAAAGAAGAAAAUCAUAAUGCCCAAUCCUGAGCCUCUUACACUUCCUCUUUUGUUAACUCUAGCUGUGGGUGGUGUAGGAAUCUGCUUGUACAAGAGCUUUUUAAGUCGCAACUGAUUCCCCAUCCCUCAACUAAUUCACAGAUUUAGAUGUUUUUCAUCCUUUUUUUUUUCUUUUUAUUAUUAUCUCUCCGCUUCGGUUUCCACAAAUUGUGUUGCAGUUAUCACCCUUCGGCGCGGGAAGGACGGUCGGGUAAUUUUAACAACUGACUGGUAAUGUUUAGAGAUUCUGGAGGCAGAGCUUCUAAGGUUCUCUUUGAGUUCGAUUUCAGGAGGGUGUAAUAAACUACUUCUUUCAGUUUGUGGAAAUGCUCAUUCAUUUCAGUUUAUUUAUGAGAAUUGAAAAGUCAUUCUCUAGUUUAAA